GCUGGCAGUGUAGCGGCAGUAGCCUUCCUGCGCAUCCGCUCCUCACCCGGCACAAGGUGUGCACAGCCUUCAUCAUGGGGAACCGAGGGAUGGAGGAGCUUAUCCCCCUGGUAAACCGGAUGCAAGAUGCCUUCUCAGCCAUAGGGCAGAAUGCUGAGCUGGAUCUGCCCCAGAUCGCUGUGGUCGGGGGUCAGAGCGCUGGCAAGAGCUCGGUGCUGGAGAAUUUCGUUGGCAAGGAUUUCUUGCCCAGAGGAUCUGGCAUUGUGACCAGGAGACCCCUUGUCUUGCAGCUUGUAAACAGCACUACAGAAUAUGGGGAAUUCCUGCACUGCAAGGGAAAGAAGUUCACAGACUUUGAGGAGAUCCGUCAAGAGAUUGAGGCUGAGACUGACCGGGUGACAGGGACUAACAAGGGCAUCUCUGCAGUGCCAAUCAACUUGCGGGUUUAUUCCCCUAAUGUUCUUAACUUAACUUUGGUUGAUCUCCCGGGUAUGACCAAGGUGCCAGUGGGCGACCAGCCAGUAGACAUUGAGUUCCAGAUCCGUGAUAUGCUUAUGCAGUUUGCGACUAAGGAAAACUGUCUGAUUCUGGCCGUCUCGCCAGCAAACUCUGACUUGGCUAACUCAGAUGCCUUGAAAAUCGCCAAAGAAGUGGAUCCACAGGGACAACGCACAAUAGGUGUCAUCACCAAACUGGACCUGAUGGAUGAGGGCACGGAUGCCAGAGAUGUCUUGGAGAACAAGCUUCUACCUCUGCGGAGGGGGUAUAUUGGGGUGGUAAACAGAAGCCAGAAGGAUAUUGAUGGACGGAAAGAUAUUCAAGCUGCCUUGGCAGCUGAGAGAAAGUUCUUUCUUUCACACCCAUCAUAUAGACACCUUGCUGAUCGCAUGGGAACUCCCUACUUACAGAAAACUCUUAAUCAGCAACUGACCAAUCAUAUUCGGGACACGCUGCCAGGACUGCGCAAUAAGCUUCAGAGCCAGCUCCUGUCCAUUGAGAAGGAAGUGGACGAGUAUAAAAAUUUCCGCCCUGAUGACCCGGCCCGUAAAACUAAAGCACUUCUCCAAAUGGUGCAGCAGUUUGCUGUGGACUUUGAGAAGCGCAUAGAGGGUUCUGGAGAUCAGAUUGAUACUUACGAGCUGUCUGGGGGAGCACGGAUCAACCGUAUCUUCCAUGAGCGUUUCCCAUUUGAGCUGGUAAAGAUGGAGUUUGAUGAGAAGGAUCUGAGACGAGAGAUCAGCUAUGCUAUCAAAAAUAUCCACGGCAUCAGAACUGGGCUCUUCACACCUGAUAUGGCCUUCGAAACCAUUGUGAAGAAGCAAGUGAAGAAGAUCAGAGAGCCUUGCGUGAAAUGUGUGGACAUGGUCAUUUCCGAGUUAAUCUGUACCGUUAGACAGUGCACCAAGAAGCUCAGCCAGUAUCCUCACCUGCGAGAGGAAAUGGAGAGGAUUGUAACAACGCACAUUCGUGAGAGAGAGGGGCGCACAAAAGAUCAGGUCAUGCUGCUGAUAGACAUCGAACUGUCUUACAUGAAUACCAACCAUGAAGAUUUCAUUGGUUUUGCUAAUGCUCAGCAGCGCAGCAGCCAAACCAAUAAAAAGAAGGCAUCUGGGAAUCAGGUCAUAAGGAAGGGCUGGCUGACUAUCAACAACAUUGGGAUUAUGAAAGGAGGAGCCAAAGAGUAUUGGUUUGUCCUGACUGCCGAGAACUUGUCGUGGUAUAAGGAUGAUGAGGAGAAAGAGAAGAAAUACAUGCUGCCUCUGGACAACUUAAAGCUGAGGGACAUCGAGAAAGGCUUUAUGUCCAGCAAGCACAUCUUCGCCUUGUUUAACACUGAGCAGAGGAACGUGUACAAGGAUUACCGACAACUGGAGUUAGCGUGCGAGACUCAGGAGGAGGUGGACAGCUGGAAGGCUUCUUUCUUGCGUGCUGGAGUGUACCCAGAGCGUGUUGGGGCUAGCGAAUCCGAGGAGAACGGCUCAGACAGCUUCAUGCAUUCCAUGGAUCCUCAAUUGGAGAGGCAGGUGGAGACCAUCCGUAACCUAGUGGAUUCCUACAUGAGUAUUGUCAACAAGACUAUCCGGGACCUGAUGCCCAAAACCAUUAUGCAUCUCAUGAUUAACAAUACUAAGGAUUUUAUCCACGCUGAUCUUCUGGCCAAUCUCUACUCCUGCGGGGACCAGAACAUGUUGAUGGAGGAGUCACCAGAGCAAGCGCAACGUAGGGAUGAGAUGUUGCGCAUGUACCACGCUCUGAAGGAGGCUCUGAAUAUUAUUGGAGACAUCAACACGACCACCAGUAGCACUCCCAUGCCUCCGCCAGUGGAUGAUUCAUGGCUACAAGUGCAGAAUGUGCCUACAGGGCGCAGGUCUCCCACAUCCAGCCCCACUCCACAGAGAAGGGCCCCUGCUGUGCCACCUACCCGUCCUGUCUCUCGGGGUCCUGCUCCUGGUCCACCUCCUGCAGGAUCCACACUUGGCAGUGCUCCUCCUGUCCCCUCUAGACCUGGAGCUUCACCAGACCCCUUUGGGCCUCCUCCCCAAAUCCCAUCAAGACCUAACCGUGCCCCUCCUGGUGUCCCUAGCAGGAAGGCUCCCGCCUCACCUACACGUCCAACCAUUAUCCGACCUGCCGACCCGUCCUUAUUAGAUUAAUUAUUGAAGGCGUGACUGCUGAACACGGCUUUUCCUUCCCCCUCACCCUCCCAAAAAGUCAUUCCACCUCUUCCAAGGCAUGGUGCAGAGCUCACAUCUACUUCACUGUGUUGUAAACACUGUCCAGCCUACGUAUUGUACUGUACACUCCUGCACCGUCAGAGAAGUCUGCUCUUUUAUUUCCUGUGCUCCAUAUUCAUCCUUCUGGCUUUCAAAAUGUAAUCCUAUCAUUUUAUCUAUACAACCCAUGGAUUAAUUUCUAUAAGAGAUGAUCGGAUAAAAAAAAAUGCAUUUAGCUGGUAGCAGCAAUGUGUAAACACUAUAAAAACGUCAUUUUAUGAUUUGGGUUAUAAAUUCUUCUUGGUUUGAAUACGUUUUUCACUGUAAACGCUAAUACAUCUGCUGCCCGUCACUAGUCAUAUUUUUUAUUUUUUAUAUUUUAUCAUAAAAGCACUUUGAGACUCUUUAGGUAGAAAAUUGUUAUAUACAAUAAUUAUGUUCGGUUAUUUCAUAAGGUCUGAAUUCUCAUCCGCUAGCUCCAAUAUAGUAGCAGUGAUUGGAUUACAUUAUAUAAAAAAAAAAAUUGAGAAAAAACUGAAAAGUCUUAAAGUGUCAUAUUAAAGUUGAGAUAUUUAGAUAUUUUACUCUGAAUAUCAGUUUUAUUAUUCUCAGAUGGGAUAUUAUGCAGAAUUGAAAGCUCCUAAUGCUAAAAUACAAAUGUCAAAGUUUACAGUUUAGUUCUGACAUUAGGUGACUUUUUAUCAAGGCUUAGCUUUGAGAAAAUAAAAAUACAUAUCUGAAAAUUUUGCCAAAGUUCCCAGUGUGGUACCACAGUGCAUGAAAUAAACCACCGGUUUAUCACCAGAUAUAUGGUGUAUAUAAUCACUUGUUUAUGCCUUUCCUUGACACUUACUUUAGUUUUCGCCUUCCUGUUUACAUUGGUUAAACCUUUCUGAAUAUUUGUCUUGGAACAAAACUGGAAAAUAAUGGGAACAAAAAGGACAAGAAUGUAUAAUAGGAGAAAUAUAUUUGUGUAAGGGAGCAUUGUAGAUUAGCGUCUUCCAGACCCACCUUGCCGUGCGCUGCUAUAUAACGCAGUUAGGCUAUGUAUUGGCAUUAGAACGCUGCUAACAAAAGCCAUGUGGUACCUCUUUGGCGCAACAGCACAUAGAACAAACGUUACAAACCUGUACUAGACUUGAAUCCCUGUAAUGGGGGUCUGUAACCCACAGGGUGUAACAAGUCAUUCAAACUGGUGUUUUGCUCCCACCUUGUUUAACCUUUUUUUAUGUUUUUUUUUUCCAAACUGAUAUUUUCUCUUUUUUGUUUUCUCUCCCUUCUCUAUCGAUGACUCACAUCAGAUCUACCAGGGUCAGCCCAUCGAGGCCCGAGAGCCCUAAAUCUAACUAUGAACUGUGAGCUAAGACUGUUGCCUGUUUCCUAGCUAUCUGAUGUGUGACUGUCACAAACUGUUUGUCUUGUUGCGCUACACACAUAUCAAAUAUAUCAAAUGUGAUCAUUGCUAUGAAAUGAAUCAUCUUCUCGGUUACAGUAACGAACGUAUCAUGUCUGGUAGUAGCAUAUCCUUAUAUAAAUAUGUUAUAAAUAAUUCUAUAUAUAUAUAUAUGAGAUAUUAAAUAUACGUCCUGAAGAUAAGUAAGCUGUUGUGCUUCCAUGUGAAUUUAAGUCUUUAGAACCGUCUGGGGAAAUGACUAUGUAUGUUAAAUGGCAGCUGGUACUGUAUCUGCAUGUGAACGAGCCUCAGUUGUGGAAACCAAGUGUUUGAUUCUGUGAUAGCUGUGAUAUCUGUCAGACCAUUGAAUAAAAAUAUCUUUCUGUAAAAAAAACAACAA